AAUUAAACCAUGGUUAUCACCUUAAUUCUGAUCUCAAUUAUCAUAUUCCCCAUACUUUUAUGGUUAUACUCAUGGUACAUCACUGAUAUCCCAAAAGUGUACGUCAAAUCGGGUACGAAGCUUUACGAGAAGGUGAAAGCGAAUUUGCGGAUUUUGGAGCAAAAGUACCAUCCGAGUUGGUGGUGUCCGUUUGGAACUACUCAGACUAUUGUUCGCCAAGUCUUCCGUGACUGCCCGACUCUUCCCUUCAAGCGAGAAAUCGUCGAAUUCUCCGAUGGCGGUGCUGCUGGAAUCGAUUGGCUCAUCCCAGAAGGAGCCGAUGACGAUGCUCCGAUUGUAGUAUUUCUGCCAGGAAUCACUGGAAGUACCCAUGACUGCAGUUACGUAUUGCAUCCAGUUAUGGAGGCUCGUGAUAAGGGAUGGCGGAGUGUCGUUGUGAAUCAACGUGGGCUCGGCGGGGUUAAGCUGAAGAAUAGUCGAACUUAUAAUGCUGCUUCCUGUGAAGAUUUGGAGUUUAUUUGUAAAAUGAUCAAGGAGAGAUUCCCAAAGGCCAGGAAAUUCGGAUGCGGUUUUUCAAUGGGAGGAAUGAUUCUCUGGAACUAUCUGGCAAAGGUCGGUGAGAAUGCGGAUUUGGACGGUGGAAUGAUUGUAUCGUCUCCCUGGGAGGCUAGCGCAGCUUCUGACUCUAUCGAGCUCUUUGUGCCACGGAUGCUGUUCAAUUCAUUCAUAGCCAAGAAUCUGACCAGUCUUGUGAGCCCAUACCGCCACCUUUUCGCCGAUCUCAUCGACUUUGACAAUGUCUGCAAAUCCAAGACAAUCCGAGGAUUCGAUGAGAACUUCAUUGUUCCGAUGUUCGGGUUUAAGGAUUGUGCCGAGUAUUACACAACUGCAUCGCUGGCCACUAAAGUCGCCAAGAUCAAGGUUCCGUGUGUCACUCUGAACUCCUACGACGACUACUUCAGCCCUAUUGAAUGCAUCCCAACGGCGGAUAUCAUGCAAAGUGAUCAUGUCGUCGGAAUUAUCACUAACCAUGGAGGACACACUGCUUUUAUGGAGUCUGCCGAUCCAAAUGCUCGUGGAUUGGUGGAGAAGCUGCUCUCACAAUGGGGAAAUUUGAUCUUCCAUGACUAUAAUUAGCAAUGCAGAACCCACGUAAUAUUAUUUAUGAUUACUAGUUUUUAAAAUACCAUGCUUGCAAAAAUAUCAAUAAAUCUAUAGUCUGAUUU